GUACAAGAAUUUGUAAACAAAACCAUUUUUUAAAAAAACAUAUUCAGAAAUAAAGCAAAUUAUGAAUAAGAACAAGUAAAUAAAAUGAAUUUAACUCAAUCGAAUGAAACUUGGUCUAUCGAAGACACACUAUUCUAUCCCUUGGGCCUAAUCAAUCACACCACAGGCAACAAAACCGUCUUUGUAACAUGGAAUGAAAAUUAUUUGAUGAAUUUCAUAUUCAAAAAAACUGCCGACAAUACGAGUCGUUGUAAUAAAUUCAUAAUCGAUAUUGCUGAAGAAAUCAUAAAUAUAAUAAUCCUUGAAGUAAACACAUUGGUUCUGCUGCAAAGUGGUGAGGUAUGCUAUUUUUCAUCCAUAAAGUCAAUUCAUCGGAUUCCAUGGUUGAAGAAAGGAGUCCGUUGCAUAAGUAGGUCUUUGGCGGGAUUCAGUCUUAUUCGAAUUUUCGAGGACAAUCGAAUCAAUCUUGAGACGUACCAAGAUGUCCCAAAUGUGGGCAAGACUGUCCAGGAGUGUGUAAGAUCAUUUGACCUCACAUUCGACGAAAAGAAUCUCUUUGACUCGGAUUGGAGUGAUGAGAAGUUUAGUCUCACUUCGAUUGCAAUUUGUGAAUCAAAUCGUAAGUUCAUAGAACUUCUGGUGCGAGAAGUUGACUUGCAAGUAGACGAGGUGCAUAUUUUCAGUAUGGGUAAUCAAUUGUUUGCUCUUCUGCCAAAAAGCGAAGAAGAUUACGAAAUAAAAACUCUUGCUCCUCAGAUUUCACCCAUCGAAUUGGUAAAGUUCCUGGAAGAAUCUAACAUGCUUUUAGUUUUUCUGAAUUGUGGUAUUAUUGAGGUAUGGUAUUUGUCAAGGAUUGCAUGGGUUCUCGACAAGUACACUUAUAUUAAUGGUAGUGAAAUUGUGCAUCACGCUUUCGCCGGAGAAGUUCUCUACUUCACCGACGAAGAAAAGGUUUCCCGCGUUGAAUUUAUCUACGACACAAUUCAGCACACCUGCCAUGUGGUGGAGCAAUCCAUAGACGCUCCAGGAAUGGUAGCAGUCACUUAUGUCGAAGAAGCUGCCAACCUUGUGUGUUUGAGCAACAACAACAUAUUCUAUCAUCUGACUUUUGAUGCCGAACAACAGCUGGAAGAGGAAGAAGACAAAAAUGAUUUAGAUAUCUUCGAAUUAACUAAUGAAAAAGUUCAGCAAAUGAAGACAAAGACAAAUCUACUCCAAGAAAUCACCACUUUGCCAGAGAAGAUCGAAAAAUUGAUAGAGGAGGAAUACAAGAAACAAGAGCUAAUCGCAGUUUGCCGAAAGAGUUCCAUUUACUCUGACUUAAUCUCGGCAAACAUUUCCUUCUGCCAACAUAUUCCUGACACCAAGGAAAUGCUUAUAUAUCCUGGGGACAAUGGAAUACCUCCAUUCACUUACUUCGGCGUGGUUUCUAUGAAAAUAAUCCCUCAUGAAAUCUUCAAAUCUAGUGUUUGGAACUUGAUGAUCUCUCACGGAACUCACAGCCGCCUCCUGAGCAUAACUCCAGAAUUACUUCAACAAAAGUUCAGUGUCCUCAUUCCAAUCCAGCGAAGCCAGGACGAACUUAUUCCUGAGUUCGAAAUUCAAUUGCUCACUUAUGUCAAUAUUGAGCAGGAUUUCGUUUGCAUUAACAUCCCGGUGAAGAUUGCAGAAAUCGAUGUGAGAAAAUUGUUUUCUCUGAAUCAGGGAUUGCGACAAUUCUCAAUGAAUCAACCACAAUCAACUGGCACAACUUUUACUUUCAAAGUUUCCAGCCCUCAGCUUCACGUGAGACAUGUUUAUGAAGCUUUCAAUUUACCAAAACCCAAGACCAGUGAGAAUCUAGAGGAUGAAAUUCUCGUUGAGAAUGUUUUCUUUCUUGGAGCGAAAGUUGGGUUAUUCUUUUGCGAACCCACAAACACAAUAAGUGCAGAGAGUUCAAAUCCGGUAGCGAUUUAUUAUGCAAAAAAUUGUUUGGCAAAGUAUCUUUGGGAGAAUUGUAAACAAACCACUGAUAACUAUGAUGAGCUGAAAAGGAAUUUACUGGAAAUACAAUGCCAAAUUGAAAAGAAAUAUGGAGAAAUGACCGGUGGAGAGUCGCAUCUGGAAAAUCUAAAGGGAAUUUAUGAAAAACUAAGGAAGGAAUUUGUGUGGAGAUUUUGAGAUUAUAUUAAAUAUUGUUUUAGGAAGAAAUUGUACAUCACUGUGGAAA